CUCGUUUAAAAUAUUACAGCGUUUGCAAUUGUUCAAAAAUGGAGGAGAUCCAUUUUUACCUGGACAAAAUCCAGGAGGUCAUGAGGACCAUGAAGUGUCCACGAAAAGAGCACAGAGUAUGUAGUAGAGAGAGGAGAACAUCAACUCCUAAAGUGGAGGGGACCUGGUUUAAAACUCCCAGUGCUCCCAAAAGACCGAGACUUUGUCGUCCAAGGACUCUCCUCAGAAAACGAACUAAUCAGAAUGCCGAUGAAUCUAUUCUCCCAAAGUGGGAGGUCUCCCCAAUAAGUAACGAGUCGGGCCCCAUUCUGAUCGGUUCCGAUUCGGAGUCGGAAUUGGCGUGUAUUCCGCUGGAAUUCAGUGAGGAAGACCAGAAAGAAAACCACGUCCAGGAAGAAGACCAGGAGGAGAUCAUCAUUCCUCCAUAAGUCUAUACAAUGUUUUUUUUCUUUACAUUUAAUAUUUUUCUUUAAAUUCGUCACAUUCCUUCUCUCACUCUCCAUAGAAAAACAAGUAAUCUGUAUGUAAAAAAAAAAUUGGAUUAAUUUCGAUGGAAUGAAAAGGAAAACCUUAUUCGGUCAUACGAUAGAUUUUUCCUCUUUUUCACGAAAGUCGUAUUUGUUUUCCCGGAGUAAACUGGAUUCCCGUUUUAUUUUCUCAGGAAAAAAAUGAAAUCAGUUUUACUUUAUUUCCAUUUAUUCUUCAUUUAUUUCAUUUCACAGAUCCCAGAUGUAAAACCAAUAGAGAAGAAAGAACAAAAUAACCACAAGAUGUCCAACAAGAUAUUGUUUUUUUUUUCCAUGAAAUUAAAAAAUAGAGAGUAUCCAAUACUAUUUUUUUUUUCUUUUAUGCAGAAUU